AUGCUAUUCGUUCUCUUCGUCGCAGCGGCGAUUUCCAGGACUCUAGCAGCCAUGGACGACAAGUUUCAUGCCGAUUCUCCUUCGUCUGCAUCUCCUCUAUCCCGACGUGGUUUCUGGAUCCUUCUAGGCAUUGUCCUCGUCGCGUUACUGUUCAUUUCGUUCGCACUGGCAAAUACCGUAGCCUGGUACCUUCAAUUACGUCGAAACGACCGUAUCCGACGUAAAACCGACGAAUUAGCAGCUAAAUCGGAGCACAGCAAACGCGGAAGUAAUACUGACCUCGCUAAAACACUGUCUCCUGUGCCAGUAACCAUAUUAACUGGCUUUUUAGGCGCCGGGAAAACGACGUUAUUGAACCGGAUCCUGCUGGCGGAAAAAGCGCUUUUACUGCCGUAUCAGAACAUUCUGGUCCUAGAAAAUGAGCUCGGGGCUGUGAGUAUCGACCACGCGUUACUUCAGGACGGCAAUAAGUACAAGGACAAGGACAAAAACAGUAUCUACGUGCUCAAGAAUGGCUGCAUGUGCUGCUGUCUCGCUCAAGGUGGCAAAGGCUCGGGUGGUGACGAGCUUGAACGUAUUUUGGACCAUUUAUUGGACCUCGUAAACGAGCGGCAAUUUGAGUAUUUAAUUGUGGAAACCUCGGGCUUAGCAGAUCCAGGACCGAUUAUUGAAACAUUUCUGAAAUUACGCGCGUCGAGAUUUCGACUGGAUGCUGUUGUGACAAUUGUGGAUGCAAAAGCGACGCAGCGGUACUGGGAUGAGGACAAGGAGAGGUUUGUAUUUCCAAUUGAGUUGCAGCGCCAAUUGUUGUAUGCCGAUGUGGUCGUGAUGAAUAAAAUGGACAUGGCUACACAAGAAGAGUAUGCAAGACUCGAGACGGCACAGAUGGAGAUGAAUCAGGAAGCGACAAUUUGUAGCUGCAUUGAUGCGAACGUCGAUAUGACCAAGAUCCUGAAUGUCGAGACUUUUGACGCAGUGCGGUUCCAGAAGCAGAGUUCCUCUGCUUCUACUGAGCAAGGCGAACCAGGUGUGCAGGCGCGGGGGAUGCAUACCGGGGGCAUUGUAACGAUGCACUUCGAGACGGAACGCGAUGUGGACGUUGCUGCAUUUGGUGAAUGGCUUUCGGACGUUGUCAUGCGGUAUGUAAAAGGAGCUGACGUACUGCGUGUGAAGGGCAUUCUCGCUGUCACGGGAGAUGCUCGGGAUCGUCGCUGUGUCGUGCAAGGAGUGCUGGACACAUACACGAUUGCACCUGGAUCGGUGUGGGAGGCUGACGAGCAGCGCAUUUCCCGUCUUGUACUCAUUGGUCAGGGGUUUGAUCAGGCUGAACUUGACCGCGGCUUUCACAGCUGUCUGGUGCGUGAUAGCAGCAACAACGCUGACGGAUCAGAGCAGGAGGAAAAGGGCGCCUAA